AUGGACUUGAUGGAGAUGCCUUUUCUUCCUAAGGGCAGACCUCCCUCUGCCAACAUCACUGGUGACGAAGAAUGUAUCAAUCCUACCGAUCAACUGCCGCUGUACCAUUCCGACCGACGCCACAGCCGAUGCUUGAGUGCGGCAACCCGAAUUACAACAGUUCUCCUAGCUUCUUGGGGAUUCAUGUCCAUCUGCCUUCAAGUUUUUCACCUGAUUGGACUGCCUUCACCCAAAGCCGACGUAUACAGACCCGAAACCCUGGGACCUAUAAUGAACCUGUGUGACUGUGGGAGCAGCGUCCAAGAAGCUCUUUCUAAGCAUUGUGUGUACGAUUCACUGGCUACAGCUUGGUUACCCCCUCACUGCCGGGACGACGAACUGACGGUGGAGUUCGACCGAUCGGGUCCGAACUCCGAUGGGUCAUGGCCCUACUAUGCAGAUGCAAAUGGGACCAUCCCGAUUGGAAAGGCACAGAUUGCACUUCUUGGAGACAGCAAAGGUAGCUUCUGGAGCCUGAGAGACUGGCAUAUUGCACACUGCAUGUUCUACUGGGAAAAGUAUAUACGAAUGAGGGAAACGGGGGUGGUAAUGGAACGGAGGUUCGAUAGUGUCGCUCAUGCGCGGCAUUGCAGGCGACUGGUUAUGAACCCGACGAUGUUUCACAAACAGCUUUUGGAGGUGCCCGUGAUGAUGAGUUCAGGAAUUAAUGAAGUCAAAGAUGGACAUGAGCACGAACAUCAUCACGAGCAAGGGCAGACCUCGUAA